AUGCCGCCCCGUCGGAUCGCAGGAGACUUUCAAGAUCGAACCUUCCGCGGUCCAAACCUUGUGGAUUUCUUCUUGACACAGGAGGAGAAGGUGAAGAUUGAAGACGUGGAGAAUUAUGAGGAGGUGCUGGCAGAAGUGGAGAAGCAGCUGCGAGCCCUUUGUGACCCAGACAAGGUGGCUGCGCAGCUGGGCCGUUUGAGUCAGGAGCAGUCGCCCUUGAAGAAGCCGACGCCCGAGGCCGAGAAAGAGGAGGAAUACCAGCUUCAGCUGGUGGAGUACGAGAUCAUUGAAGGUAAAGGCGGCAUCAAGUCUGGUGGCAAAAAGGUGAAGAAGUCGUCCUACCGUGUGGUGAAGGAUGAUUUUCCAUUGAUCUACCACUUGGACGUGGGCGCUAUGUACCCCAACAUCAUUUUGUCCAACCGCUUGCAGCCGAUGGCCAUCGUGACCCAGGAGUUUUGCAACUCCUGCAGUUACAAUGACCCUUCCAACAAUUGCCAGCGAGAGAUGGACUGGAAGUGGCGAGGGGAUCUCUACAUGGCCACAAGGGCCGACGUGAAAGCCAUCAUUAACGAGAUGGAAAGCGAGAAACGGCGAUACAACUCCAAGGACAAGGAGACUGGCGAGACCAAGCGAGUAAAGUGGAGCGAGCUGCAUCCGAAGGAACAGACUGAGGAGAUCACAAAGGCGGUGCGUCAAUUCUCGCAGAAAGCCUACAAGAGGCUGAAGAGCUCGGUCUAUGAGGACAUCCGAAUCUCACGCAAAGCACCGCAGCCAUGCAUGUGA